AUGGACACGUGGCACAUCUUCCUCGGCUCGAUCCUCCUCGCCAUCCCGCUGAUCCUACUCCUCCGCGGCCGCAAGGGCGGCCGGCUCCGCCGCGGCGCCACGCUCGCGGACCGCCCCGCGCUCCCUUCGCUCAAGCUGCUGGGCGAGAACAACAACACCAUCACGCGCGCCAGCUACGGGCCUGUCUGGCGCCUCCUCCGCCGCAACCUCGUCUCCGAGACGCUGCACCCGUCCCGCGUCCGCCUCUUCGCGCCCGCGCGCUCCUGGGUGCGCCGCGUGCUGGCCGAGAAGCUGCGUGAUGAGUCGUCGUCCGGCGGCGCGGCCGUCGUGGAGACGUUCCAGUACGCCAUGUUCUGCCUCCUCGUGCUCAUGUGCUUCGGUGAGCGGCUCGACGAGGCCACGGUCCGCGCGAUCGCCGCCGCCCAGCGCGAACUUCUCAUCUACAGGUCGAGGAAGAUGGCCAUCUUCUCCUUCCUGCCGUCGGUGACCAAGCAUCUCUACCGCGACCGCCUCCAGACCGUGCACGCCAUGCAGCGGAGGAAGAAGGACCUGUUCGUGCCGCUGAUCAACGCUCGGCGGGAGUACAGAAAACUCGGCGGCGAGCCCAAGAAAGAGAGCGCGUUCGAGCACUCCUACGUCGACGCCCUGCUCGACAUAAAGCUCCCCGAGGAGGGAAACCGCCCGCUCACCGACGACGAGAUGAUCAACCUCUGUUCCGAGUUCCUCGACGCCGGGACCGACACCACCUCCACCGGGCUGCAGUGGAUCAUGGCCGAGCUGGUGAAGAACCCGGCCAUCCAGGAGAAGCUCUACAAAGAGAUCAGCGCCACGAAGGGGGACGACCAGGACGAGGUCUCGGAGGAGGACGUCCACAAGAUGCCGUACCUCAAGGCGGUGGUCCUCGAGGGCCUCCGGAAGCACCCACCGGCGCACUUCGUGCUGCCGCACAAGGCGGCGGCGGACAUGGAGAUCGGCGGAUACCUGAUUCCCAAGGGGGCGACGAUGAACUUCAUGGUGGCCGAGAUGAGCAGGGACGAGCGGGAGUGGGAGAAGCCAACGGAGUUCGUGCCAGAGCGGUUCCUGCCAGGCGGCGCGGGCGAAGCGGUGGACGUGACCGGCAACCGGGAGAUCAAGAUGAUGCCGUUCGGCGUGGGCCGGAGGAUCUGCGCCGGGCUGGGCAUCGCCAUGCUCCACCUGGAGUACUUCGUGGCCAACAUGGUGAGGGAGUUCGAGUGGCAGGAGGUCGCCGGCGAGGAGGUGGACUUCGCCGAGAAGAACGAGUUCACCGUCGUCAUGAAGAAGCCGCUGCGCCCACGCCUCGUUUUGAAGACUACAAUAUCCACUCGCCUCUUGAAGCGAGAUCUAAAAAUCGCUCAAGCAGCAUCGAGUGGUAUCACUCCACGCGGAACAAGCUUGCAAUUCACCACCACUAGCAGAGAGGGUUGGAGAAACAGGGUCAAGCCACACAACAACACAAAGGAAGAUGUCAUAGUCAUCACACCAAUAGCCAGCCAAAAGUUCUCCUUGAAAGACACACGGACAACCAAGAUCUGA